ACCAAAUCUCUUCUGAAACACCGCCAUUCUUGAAUAAAGUAAAAACACAGUACAUAAUGUAGCACUACAUACUCCUAAAUAGGUGAGAUGGUUAUGGCUAGAAUGUCUUCGAUUAUAAUUAUGCUCCAUCAGGACUGACCCAGGACAGAUAGCAAUAACAACACAAGUCCCCUUUCUGAUCCCCGCAUGCGUAAUUUAAUCGGAAUUAUUUUAAUUGGACAAUUAAAUACAAGGAAAUUGUUAUUAAAUCACUGAAAUGAUUUUUCACCAGUAUUUUCUAUUCUCGUUUAAUGUUAUUCACACCCCAGGUUGACCUGAAGUUUUAGAACUGAUUUUUAUCUAUUCUCAAGCAGCUGUCUGUCUCUGCAGCACAAUUCAAGCUUUCUAAUCGAAACUAGUUUGACCAGUAGAGCCUAUCUUUCACGGGUGUGCUUUAAUACAUUUGUAUAUCCUAUAUUCAUAUUAUUUUUUUUAAACAUUUGUGAAAGGUUACGACAAGGACAGCAUUAAAAGGAAUAGAAAAGAUGAUGAGAUUUGGGGGUCCAAACUGCUGGAACCAAAGCAACAGCACGUCAAGUUGGGCUGUUGCUAUUGGAGUUGGUGUGGUCACUGUUUCAGGUCUUCUUUAUGUUCUUAAACGAUGCAAAUGCAAAAGGAAAAUAGAUUAUCCCAAAGAUGUGAUCAUUCUUCAUUUAAUACCAAGACUAAAAGAUACGCCAAACCUCUCUCCUUUUGCUGUAAAGCUAGAGACAUACCUUCGUAUGACCAAGCUACCCUAUCAGGUUGACUAUUGCUUUGACAUGUCACCCAAACAUAAAACACCUUGGAUUACGUACAAUGGAGUAGUUGUCAGUGACUCACAGUUUAUAAUCGAGUAUUUGAAUGAGAAAUUCAACAUUGAUUUAAGCAGUCAUCUCACGGAUGAACAACGUGGUGUUGCUAGAGCCAUGCGGAAAAUGCUAGAAGAGGAUUUGCUUUGGGCUUUGGCUCUCAGUCGAUGGGUAUAUGGUUAUUCUGACCCAUCUCUGAGAAAGGUGAUCCCUGCUCCGAGAUUUUUUGUCUGGAGGAUUAAAAGAAUGCUUGAGAAAUACGCUUAUGGCCAAGGUAUGGGUCGACACACUCCUUCAGAAGUGGAACAUAUUGCAAUGGGAGAUUUAAAGGCUCUCUCAGACUUUCUUGGAAAAAAGAAGUUCCUUAUGGGAGUCAAUCCAUGUGAAACUGAUUGUGCUGUAUUUGGAAUGAUGAGUUCUUUUGAGAAAAUGCCAGAUGGUAGCUUUUUCACAAAGGUCUUGAAAGAUAAGUUAUUCCCAAAUCUUGAUGCUUAUCGUGAAAGAAUGAAAGAAUUGUACUGGCCUGAUUGGGUUAUUCCAGGCUGGGAAGGUCCAGUAAUGGGACUUCAGCCACGAAGACCAUAGUUUCUCAUAGAAGUUUGCUUGGUGUUAUUUCUAACACCUUUAUUUUUCUAUUUUUUUUUUUUUACAUCUUUUCUACUAAA